AUGCUCGUCCCCGCCCUCCUCGCCCUCUCCCUCGUCCUGCCGCUGGUCUCGGCAGAGCAUCUCAGCGACUCCCUCCAGAGCAAGGUGUACGAUGUCAUGAACCAGAUCUCCACCCACUCAUGGGAGAACGGCACAAAAGCCCAAGCUAUCCUCGAAGCCACCUACCCCGCCUACUCGGUCUUCUCCAGCUCCGCCCCCCUGCCCCUCCCUGCCGACCUUUCCGACGACGACAUCUCCGAGCUCAUCGAUAUCGCCAAGACCACCAUGCAACAGCGCCCCGCGACCAACACGUCCGCUGCCGCCCGGGGCGGCAGUACGUUGUUGUCAGACGACGCGGCCGGCGAUCCGGCGAGUUUGGGAAUUACCAUCUUGCUGGCGAAUGCGAGUACUUCGGAUGCACAGGUGAAUGGGGUGGGGUACGGUGAAGCAGCGGAAGCAGAGCUCAACUAUCUUCUCUACGACGUCCCCCGCACCUCCUCCGGCGCCAUCUCCCACCGCGCCGACCAAGCCCAACUCUGGGCCGACAGCAUCUACAUGGUCCCCCCCUUCCUCGCCUACUACGCCGCCCUCCACUCCAACCUCACCCUCCUCAAAACAGCGUACGACCAAAUCUCCCUCUACCGCGCUGCCCUCCAGCAAGAUAACAAGCUUUGGAACCAUAUCGCGGGCGGGUCGGGCACGAGCGAUGCGAAGGACUGGGCGACGGGGAAUGCGUGGGCUAUGGCGGGGAUGUUGAGGGUUUGGGCGACGUUUUAUUGGUCCGGGUUUAAGGAUGAGUUGGAGAGUCAGAUGAGCGAUCUUGAAGACUGGAUUGACGAGAUUUUCACCGCGACGACGCCUUAUAUCACGACCAACGGUAUCCUCAAAAACUACAUUACCGACAACUCCAGUUUCGAAGACACUUCGGCCUCAGCCCUCUACGCCGCCGUCGGCCUGUACGUCCCCCCUUCUCCUCUUCUCCCCUCCCCAUUCCUCACUCAGCUGACCUCCUCCCAGCCGCCUCUCCACCCUAAACAUCUCCUCCACCCACCUAAACACCUCCCUCACCCUCCUCUCCUCCACCUCCUCCUACAUAAACUCCACGGGCUUCCUCACCCAAACCGUCAACCCCCUCGACUUUACCCACCAAGCCACCGACUCGGGCUCGCCAGAGGGACAAGCGUUCGUGGUGAUGGCGUAUGCGGCGCAUAAGGAUUGGGAUGCUCUGGGCCAGCAGGGG